UCUUUUAUUACAUAAUGCCGCCUUUUGAAACCUCACCUCGUCGUCGGAUGCGGAGGAUGACUGAGAAUUAUCGAUUAGACGUCUUGUUCGACUUAAUUGACACACAGGUACCUAUCCUGGUUUCGGAAGAUCACCUUCGUACGACAUCCCAACGCAAGUCAGCCAACCCAAAGGAGGAAGUUCAGGUGGAAAAGAGGCACGCGACAUGACGGAUGAAGAACAACCCCGGCGAGCCGCCGCCGAGCAUACCUCGGAGACGACGCCUCUGCUCAAUGGCACCACCAACGGCACCACCAACGGCACCAUCCCCGGGUCCGCCGCCGCCAACGAUGACGAGACUACCGUCGUCACCGAGACCGUCUCCGGCACCCGCCUGUCCCUCAUUCUGGGCACGUCGUACUUUGGCGUCUUCCUCGGCGCCAUUGACAGCACCAUCAUCGCCACCCUCUCCGGCCCCAUCUCGAGCGAGUUCAAGUCCCUGAGCCUCCUCAGCUGGCUCGCCACCGCCUACCUCAUCUCCAAUGCUGCUUGCCAGCCCAUCUCCGGCCGCCUGACCGACAUCUUCGGCCGCGGGCCCGGUCUCGUCUUCAGCAACCUCUUCUUCGCCGCUGGCAACCUCAUCUGCGGCCUCGCCACCUCCCAGUCCGCCAUCAUCUUCGGCCGCGUCGUCGCCGGCGUGGGCGGCGGCGGCCUCAUGUCCAUCUCCACUUUCCUCGGCUCCGACCUCAUCCCCCUGCGCCAGAGGGGCGUCUACCAGGGCAUCGGGAACAUCGCCUACGGCUCCGGUGCCAUGCUCGGCGGCGUCUUCGGCGGCCUCAUCAACGACCACACCGCCAUGGGCUGGAGGCUUGCCUUCCUCGUCCAGGUGCCCCCCGUCCUGCUGUCCGCCGUCCUCGUCGCCGUCCUCGUCAAGGUGCCCCCCAAGGCCUCCGACAAGUCCUACCUGGCCCGCAUCGACUUCUUCGGCGUCUUUCUGACCAUCUCCUUCCUUGUUCUGCUGCUCCUCGGCCUCAACGCCGGCGGCAACCUGGUCCCGUGGUCUCACCCUCUGCCCCUUACCACCAUCCCCCUCUCCAUCGUCGCCUUUGUCGCCUUCCUCGUUUGGGAGACCAAGGUCAAGCAGCCCAUCAUCCCCGUCCGCCUGCUCUAUAACCGCACCAUCCUCGCCGCCUGCCUGACCAACCUCCUGUGCACCAUGGUCAUGAUGAUGGCCAUGUUCUACGUGCCGCUGUACCUCCAGGUCAACGGCCUCUCAGCCACCCAGGCCGGCCUCCGCAUUCUGACCUCACCCGUCGGCGUCUCCAUCAUGUCCCUCAGCGCCGGCUACAUCAUGAAGCGCACCGGCAAGUACGUCGUCCCAGGCAUAUGCGCCCUCAUCCUCUUCAACACCGGCAUUAUCAUCCUCACCCAGUUCAACGAGGAAACCCCGGCCUGGGUCAACUACGUCGUGUUUUUCCUCGUCGGCGGGGGCUACGGCGCCAUGCUAACCAUCACGCUGCUCGGUUGUAUCGCCGCCGUUGACCAUUCUCAACAGGCCGUCAUAACUUCAGCGACAUACUUGGCCCGGAGUCUCGGGGGCACCAUCGGCAUCACCAUCGGCUCCGCCGUUUACCAGAACGUGUUGCGGAACAGGCUCUGGGACCGGUUUAGGGACUACCCCGAUGCCGCUGAGAUCAUCCGCCGCAUCAGGGACGACCUCGACGAGCUGAAGAACCUGCCGCCCGGGUGGAAGCCCGGCGUGGUAGACUCCUUCAUGGAGGCUUUUGGUAGCGUUUGGUACACCAUGCUCGGCCUGUCCAUCCUCGCCCUCGUCUUCAUCUCCUUGAUGAGGCAGCACGUGCUGCACUCGACCCUGGAGAGACGGUGAGGCAAGUAGACCGACGCGCCACGUACACGUCAAAGGAAAGCCGUUUGUGCGGCCCCUCAGCUUAAUAGACCGGCUAAAAUCGCUGCCAUUCCGGAGCAUCACGGUUGAGAGCAAUCUCAGACGCCAGAUCAGCAGCAUGUAGCAUAGUCUACUAUGUGUUCUGCCCGAGCGCCUCCAGUAAAUACCCUUAUCUAGUAUUGUAGGUCGUGUAACAUUGC